AUGACUCAGCUAGCCAAUCAAAUCUGUCAUCACAUGACGGGAGACUGUCUAGCCGGCUGUGCUGCAGGGUAUGACGGUCUACAGUGUACACACGAAUGUCCAGAAACUUACUACGGCGUUGACUGUAAACAGAAAUGUAGCCACAGAUGUUUGAACCAAACCUGUGAUCAUAUCAGUGGUCAGUGUAGAAUCUGUUCUGAUGGGAUCUGUAAGGAAGACUGUUUAAGUGGACACUACGGAAAAGGCUGCCAACAAAACUGCAGUGAGAAGUGUGACAUGUCUCUGUGUGACCCAGAGACAGGGGCGUGUCUGUCCUGUCCCCCGGGGAAACAAGACACGUCGUCUUGUGAACUAGACUGUCCCCAUCUGAGCUACGGCAAAUCGUGUAGUGAAGACUGCAGCAUGACGUGUGGGGGAGAUGGAGGCUGUGACCCCAGCACUGGCCAGUGUACACACGGGUGUAGGGAUGGAUAUCAAGGGGCCUGGUGUGACCAGUACUGUCCUUACACAACAUUUGGACCCAACUGUACAUUAAACUGCAGCAAGUUUUGUCAAGUUAUUAAUGCCAAGUUGUCUGCAACUUGUCACCACGUAACUGGAACUUGUAGUGCCGGAUGUGAACCUGGAUACACCGGUCUGGUGUGUACACAAAAAUGCGACCCAGGUCACUAUGGUGUUGACUGUAAACAAAGAUGUGAAUGUCCUGAUAAUUUGUGUGACCACAUCACUGGACAGUGCAUGGAGUGUGUUGAUGAUGUCUGCAACCUUGUUUGCCCAGCACGAUAUUUUGGUGUCGACUGUUCCCAAAUCUGUGACGAGCGGUGUGUUGAUCAAAUGUGUAACAGCACAGAUGGCAGAUGUGUAGAUUGUCCUGCGGGUAAAGUUGGAGAUUUCUGUGAGACAGAGUGUGCCGCCACCUACUACGGAGAAAACUGUAAACAAAGAUGCUCCAAAAGUUGUGUUGACCAGUUGUGUCACGUGGAAAAUGGUUCCUGUCUCAGCUGUCCACACGGCUAUACGGGAAUCUUCUGUGAGCUGGAUGAAGACCAAACUACUGAGAUCAUUUGUAAUGACGAAGCAUACGGUUGUCUUUCAUUAAGUGGAAAUAGAGCUUUAGCACCAAAACCUAGCAACCAUUUUGGUGCUAUCAUUGGCUCAGUCAGUGUUGUCGUGCUCUUGAUACUUAUUGGUGUUGUACUCAAGUGGAGAAUACGCAAACGACCAGAGUGGAGCUUCAAGUUUAGCAAAGCUCAAAACAUGUCAAGUGAUGCUGACUUAUGUUUGCAAGAUGAUUUUCAGUCUUCGACAGAAUAAACUAUAAGCACUACAAACAAGUCUGCAACAGAACAAGAAAUAAGAAUAUUCUAAUUUUAAAAUGUUACUUUAAAAUAUGAAUAAUGAGCAUGAUAUUAAAUAAAUAAAUAGUAGCUGCUUGGUAUUUAUUUUCUACCCAGACAUUUUUCCUUACAUUAACUGCUUAUA